AUGGGCUUCUUCUACGAAAACCCGCUGUUUGACUUCUUCCACCGCGCUGUCCGCCGUCCGGCGUCCAUCGCCAUGUGGCUGUUCACUGGCCUGGUCGUGGCCAGCGCGCUGGCCUCGAUUCUGGCGCUGCCGGCGCCCCGGCGCCCAAAACGGCCCGACGGAGCGGGGCCCUAG